AUGUCUCGCAAUAACCCCGCCUCGUCGCGCUUAAAGAUCUCAAAUCCUACACUCAUCUCCACCACAUCCCAGGCUGCACAGUCCUCCCUUCCCAACAUCGACCGCAAUGCUGCACCCCUCGGCAUCGGCCAAGUAUGGAACGGAAGUCAGGCGGCCCCUGGCCCAUCUCCAUCUAGGAGUGGGAACGGAGAAGCGCGCUCUCCCCCAGCACGCUCUCCACCUCCACAUUCUCCACCCCUGCCCACGUCGCCGAGCCGGCCCGCACGUUCCAGGGCGCGCGGCACACCGGAAGACACGCUGAUUCCGCCGGUCCGUGCGCAUGCCUCCAUCUCCACCCGGCUCAGUGUCAUGAGCAACGGUGACGAUGAGGCCGCGAGCCCCGUAGUCCCCCUUCCACGCGGCGAAUCUAGCGACCCAUGGGCGGCCGACCGCGCACAACGCUCAGUCGCGCGCCAGCAGACUAACGAGACGGCGCAGGCUGCUGCCCUCCGCACACCCGUGUCGGCAGGCGCAGCCGGAGGAAACGCACUCCGGAAUGCUGCGGCCGCUUUUAUGGCGGCCAGCAAGCAGAGCCGCACCGAAACCGUGCGGAGGCCACCACGACCGAAACGUACGCAACCGAGCAAGGAAGACUGGGACGAUAUUGUCGGGACGACCGGCGGACGCUUCGCGGAGAUCGACGCGGUCAUGCGCAAGAUUCGCACCGACUGGCCGUUCAUCAUGGACGGUGAUUUCUCCCCUUCUUCACUAGCCCUCUCUCUACUCGCUUCAGAAACGGGCCAAGGGGGCACAGAACAUCCCGACCUCCAGUCCUUCCUCCGCGUACACACUGCACUGUCGGGUUCGCUCCAGAAGGCCGUGCAGUCCCAUUUUCAGACGUUCGCGGCGUCGCUUCCAACACACUCCAACUUUGUCGCCACGCUCGAUCGCGCGCAGGAGCAGGUCAAGACGUCUAGAGAAGGGCUAAAGGAGGCGCGCGAGGGCAUCGGUGCCAAGGGCAAGGCCGAACUCGCAUCCAUCCGCACCCGCGAACGCAUGGUCAAGGAGAUGCUCCAGGUCCUCGACCUCGUCGAGGAGCUCAAGCAGGUGCCCGAGCAGUUGGAGAGUUGCUUGACUGACAAGCGCUUCCUCCAGGCUGCGCUUUUGCUACAGAGAAGCAUCAAGACGGCGAAUCGUGAGGUGCUGCAGGAGGUCGGCGCGCUGUCAGAUCUCAAGCAGUACUUCCACACGCAAGAGAACACGUUGACGGAUAUUCUCGUCGAGGAGCUCCAUAACCACCUCUACCUAAAAGCGUUCAACAGCGACGGACGAUGGAAGGCAUACAUGCCGGGUCAAGAGAGUUUGCCGGUCGUCUCGGUUAACGGCGAGCAGAUCGCCAAGGAGAUGGACGAAGAGAGUCCCGACUCGCGCUUCUCGACAUACCUCGCAUCAUUGGCGGUCAAGCCGAACCACGAACCAUUGCUCAAUGAAAUAGCAAGCAACUCACGGCAAGCGAGGACGGCGAGCCAGAUUGCCAACACGACGUCGAUUACUUCCAUCUCAUCGCUUGUUGCCAACGAGCCGAUGGGUGGCGAGUUCGACACGUUCGGGUACAUGGAGAUGAUCCUCGAGGCGCUCGCUGCGAUGGGAAGACUCGGCUCAGCACUCGACACAGUCAUCCAGCGUGUGCCCGUUGAGAUCCAUCAACUCAUCGACGUCACAACCGAAGAGGUCGCCGAGCGCGCCGAGCAGCGGUCCGAAGAGAUGGCCGUCAUGUCUGCGGCGCGCCCUCAGAGCCUGCUGCUUGCCGAGAAGCAGGACUUGGAGAGCAUGCCCCUGUUCCAGAACGACACAUUACGCGUCGUCGUUUCGCUCGAUGCUAGCGGGCCACCCAAGCACGCUGUCGUCUUACGAGACCUGUUCUGGACGCUGUACUCAAAGAUCGCAGCGGUCAUGGAAGGCCACCGCACCGUGUAUGAGGUCGUCAAGUGGAUCGCAUCGCGCCGCGACUUCAAGGACAUGACUAAGACCGACCUGAACCUCAACGCGCCCGUGCUCGAGGUUCUGCGGCCUAUUCAGCAGGAAGUUCGCCAUCUCCUCCAGACGUACCUCGAGGACAACUCGCAGGCAUCAGUGCUCAUCCACAACGCGAUUCCGAGUAUCAACGAGAUCCUGCGCGAGGGCAAGCUCGUGCGCGACAAGCAGCGGGAGCUGUUCAAGUUCGGCGACUCGGACCAGCGCGCGGUCAACAACGAGAUCAAGGAUGUCGACGAUGGGCUCAAGCAGACGCUCCGCGCGUCCGUACCAGGCCUCAUCAACCUCCAGGCUGGUGACAAUGUGGCUGUUCUCAACGGCACCCACGUCAACCCCGAUGACCGCUACUCGGUCUCGGGUAAGCACCGAACUCUCAUCCCUGCCAACCCCUUCAACGUCACCAUCCUCUUCCAGCCAACGCUCGCGCUCAUCGACCGGGCCACUGCGAUCGUCCCUCACGGUUUCGAGGAAGAGAUGACGCAGUUCGGCACAGUGCUCGAAGAAUUCGUCAACGACGUGUUCCUCCCGCAGCUCGACGAGAAGGUCAACGCCUCGUUCCAGCACGCCGUCUCCGGCCAUGAUGCGUUCCAGCUGGACCGACGUCCGUCCCUGCGCUCGAGCGCCGACGUCAAGCCUCCUCUCAAAUCCACAGUGCGCGUCAUGGCGCUCAUCCAGGCCCUUUGCGCGAUGCUCCAAGAGACCCCGUUUCACCGCGAGCGGUAUUCGCGUCUCAUCGUGGGCGUCGUGGCACAGUACUACCAGCAGUGCAGCGCGCGCUUCAAGGAUCUUGUGGCCCUCCCGCCGUCUGUGCAAGCGGCGCCAGGCGCACUGGCUCUCCCAGCCACCUGGAGCCAGCGCGAGGACAUGUCCACCGCGCUACAGCAUGUCCGCACAGUCGCACUCUUGGAUGCGCGAGAGACGGAAACUGUCGGCCUGAAGGAGGUUAAUCUCGAGAUGGCGCUUCUCAGCGACCAGCCACCACCCGAGUCACAGCUCAUCAACAGUUCGCGUCGCCUCGAAGCGCUCGGCAACCUCGCCCACAGUGUGCGGUGGUUCAUGAAUGCCCUCCUCGAUCUGCAGGAACUGGCAGACGAGGCUACGAUCGACAAGCGCACAGAACGGGAGCCUGGCCAGACUCCGAGGUUGCCUCUCACGGAGGCGAUGGCACAGCGCUUCAAGGCAAUAGUGCAAACGUACGAGCAGCUCAUCGAGGGUGCUCUCAACACUCUCCAUCUCGAAGUGCGUUGUCGCGUGCUGUGCAACCUCUACGCGUCGCUGCAGCGGUCCGAGUACUUCCUCGAGUCGGAGGCGCUUGAGCCUGAUCCGGAUGUCGUCGAUCUCAACACGAGCUUAAUGGAGAUGGACCACAUUGCGUCCAAAACGUUGUCCGCGUCAGAGCAUGGCUUCAUGUUCCGAGGCCUCGCGCUCCUCAUCGACCACGUCUUCGUCCACGCCGCGCGACAGGUCAAGCGUGUCAACGCAGCCGGUGCGCGCAAGCUCCGCCGCAACAUCCUUUCGCUGCAACAGACGCUGCGCGGGAUCGUGAGCUUAGGCCACGAGCAAGAGGGCAUGCUCUCGCAUGCCAUUGAGUACUGGGACCUGUUCGAGAAGGGGCCCAAGCGCAUGCUUGAGAGCAUACGCACGCGCAAGCCCGCCUUCUCGUUCGAGGACUACAACGCCAUGCUCGAGCUCCAGUGCCGCGCGGACAGCAAGAACGGAGGAGACGACCUGAAUGCGUACCUUAUCGACUUGCAUGCGCUCGCCAUGAGCGUAGAGGGAUGGGAUGUGGCGUAG